AGGAUCUAGAGUUUCAUGGAGUAAUGAGAUUCUACUUUCAAGACAAAGCAGCUGGAAAUUUUGCAACAAAAUGUAUCCGUGUCUCUAGUACUGCCACAACUCAAGAUGUGAUAGAAACUCUUGCAGAGAAGUUUCGACCAGACAUGCGAAUGUUGUCAUCCCCUAAGUACUCACUUUAUGAGGUGCAUGUCAGUGGAGAAGAAAGAAGAUUAGAUGUAGAUGAGAAGCCUCUUGUUGUACAAUUAAACUGGAAUAAAGAUGAUCGAGAGGGAAGAUUUGUUCUCAAGAAUGAAAAUGAUACACUUCCUCCAAAGAAGGCUCAGAGUAAUGGCCCUGAAAAACAAGAAAAAGAGGGAGUAAUUCAAAAUUUCAAACGAACUCUCUCAAAAAAAGAAAAAAAGGAAAAAAAGAGGCGUGAAAAAGAGGCAUUGCGACAAGCAUCAGAUAAAGAUGAUAGACUUCUUCAUGGGGAUGAUAUUGAGAAUUCUCGCCUUGCAGCUGAGGUUUACAAAGAUAUGCCUGAGACCAGCUUCACUCGCACAAUAUCCAAUCCCGAGGUGGUUAUGAAACGGCGACGACAGCAGAAACUAGAGAAAAGAAUGCAGGAAUUUCGCAGUUCUGAUGGCAGACCAGACUCAGGUGGGACACUGAGAAUUUAUGCAGACAGUUUAAAACCAAAUAUACCGUACAAGACAAUCCUGCUGUCCACUACGGAUACUGCAGACUUUGCAGUUAUUGAAGCACUGGAAAAAUAUGGUCUGGAGAAGGAAAAUCCCAAGGAUUAUUGUAUUGCUCGUGUCAUGCUGCCUCCUGGUGCUCAGCACUCUGAUGAUAAAGGUGCUAAAGAAACUAUUCUUGAUGAUGAUGAGUGUCCACUGCAGAUAUUCAGGGAGUGGCCUAGUGAUAAAGGAAUACUAGUCUUUCAGUUGAAAAGGCGGCCUCCUGAUUAUGUCCCAAAGAAAUCCAAGAAAAUAACUGAUGGAAAGCCAUUAAAGGGGAAGGAAAGAGUUGACGGGUCUGGCUAUGGCUCUUGCCUUCCUCCUGAGAAACUACCGUACCUGGUAGAAUUAAGCCCAGGGAGAAGGAAUCACUUUGCCUACUACAACUAUCACGCUUACGAAG